GGCCGCAAGGCGAUGGUGUUGGUGGGAGUAGGAGGAGUGAACGCAGGCGAGGCAAAGGCAUGACUGAUUUCAUAACUUGAGUGCUUGCAACAUGACAUAAACAGUAGUGGCGGUAAGUCAUAUGGUCCGGGGACGUUGUUACCAAGCCCUCGAGGAAAUUGCUUUCAUUGUCAACAUGAUACAGGAGGACCGUGGAUUUCGAACGUGGUGUUGGAGUUAACUUACAGUACUAGGCAGUCUACCCUGCGGAAGCAUGCAUGCCCGUGUGUCAUUCGAUGGGAACGUCAAAGGUUUUGUUUCAGACUUGUUUUGACAACUCUCAACACGGAUCCUUAAGUGUGUCGUGACUUAACAGCAUGGCUGUUACCGAUGUUGAUCGCGCUCAUGGACAGAAAUGAGUAUUUUGUUUUGAACGUGGAGCUGCGUUCAUUAUGUCGUGCGCAUUUAUGUCUUUGAAACCUUUAAAAUCGCGUUGAACGAUUGUUCUCCGAUAUAUCAACACAAAAUGUCACUGGGUUAGAAUGCGUAAGGAAGGCGUCUCGUCAGCACCGAAGUGUGUGUAAGCUUUUGCCGUCUGUUACCUACACUGGUAUUCAGCGUCAACAGGAUUUGCGCGUUCAUCAAACGUGAACAAGAUGAAUCCAGAUUUAGAAGGUGUCACUCUGUCGGUGCCCUCUCCGAGUCCCUCUGUGGAAAUUCAUGACAACAGCGGGGGCCUACUGAAACCCCACGACGAAAGUGGCUCCAGCGGUGGCACCGUCAUCCCCGCUGCCGGGACUUUCUGGCAGGACCCCACUGCUCCGAUGAGCUUGAGUCCGACCGUCCUGACCUGCACGGGGGACGGCGGCGGGCAUAUGACCACGGGGAAAAGCAAAAGCAGACCCCUCACUGUUGCCUACGUUAUCAACACAGAACUCACUCAAAACUACACGGCCGAGAGCAUGGCCCUCCAGUGCUUGAAAGCAGCGUGCGACAUUGUGGGCUGCAAACUGGAAAUUGUGCAUUUUGGGAAACUUGACUUUGGAGAGACCUCAGUGCUUGAUCAGUUUUAUAACGCAGAUUUCGCUGUGGUGGAGAUGACUGAUGUCUUCCGCCAGCCCUCGCUCUUCUACCACCUGGGCGUGAGGGAGAGCUUCAGCAUGGCCAACAACAUCAUCCUCUACUGCGACUCAAACUCCGACUCGCUGCAGUCGCUGCAGGAUAUCAUAUGCCAGAAGAACACUACAUGCACGGCCAACUACACGUUCAUCCCGUACAUGGUGACGCCGCACAACAAGGUGUACUGCUGCGAGAGCGGCCUGAUGAAGGGCCUGACGGAGCUGAUGCAACCCAGCUUCGAGGUGCUGCUGGGGCCCAUCUGCUUGCCCCUGGUGGACCGCCUCACCCAGCUGCUCAAGAUCCCCCAGGCCAACUCCUGUCAGUACUUCCGCGAGAUGAUCCUCAAUGAGAUUCGCAAAGCGCGGGAGCUCUACACAGGGGUGGAGCUGGCGGCAGAACUGGGAAGGAUUCAACAGCGAUUGGACAACAUGGAGUGCCUAUCAUCUGACAUCGUCAUCAACUUGCUUCUGUCCUAUCGGGACAUUCAGGAUUAUGAGUCCAUUGUGAAGCUGGUGGAGACUCUGGAGAAGCUACCGACCUUUGACCCGGUGGCGCAUCCCCAUGUGAAGUUCCAUUAUGCCUUCGCCUUGAAUCGGAGGAACCUGCCUGGGGACCGACAGAAGGCCCUGGACAUCAUGCUUCCCCUGGUGGAGUCCGAGGAGCAGGUGGCGUCCGACAUCUACUGCAUGGUGGGCCGCAUCUAUAAGGACAUGUUCCUGGACUCCCAUUUUACCGACUCCGAGAGCCGCGACAAGGGAACCCAAUGGUAUAAGAGGGGCUUUGAGUCCGAGCCAACGCUCCACUCAGGGAUCAACUACGCCGUGCUGCUUUUGGCGGCUGGGUAUCAGUUUGACAGCUCCUUCGAGCUGCGCAAAGUCGGCGUGAAGCUGAGCAGCCUCCUGGGGAAGAAGGGCAGCCUGGACAAGCUGCAGAGCUACUGGGAUGUGGGCUUCUUCCUGGGCGCCAGCAUCCUGGCCUGUGACAACACGCGGGUCAUCCAUGCCUCCGAGAAGCUCUUCAAACUCAAGGCUCCCAUCUGGUAUUUGCGUUCUCUGGUGGAGACCAUUCUGAUCUACCAGCAGUUCAAAAAGCCCUCUGGGGAGCAACCUCCACCCAAACAGGAACUGGUGGACUUCUGGAUGGACUUCCUGGUGGAGGCUACCAAGAAGGAUGUUUCAUCUGUGCGCUUCCCGGUGUUGAUACUGGAGCCCACCAAAGUGUACCAGCCUGCUUACUUGUCCAUCAACAGCGACGUGGAGGACAACACGGUUUCAAUCUGGCACGUGGCCCCCGACGACAAGGGUAAAGGCAUCCAUGAGUGGAACUUCAGUGCUGCAGCCAUUCGGGGCGUGAGCAUCUCCAAGUUUGAUGAGCGCAGUGCCUUCCUGUACGUGCUUCACAACGCAGACGACUUCCAGAUCUAUUUCUGCACCGAGAUGCACUCCAAACGGUUCUGCGACCUGGUAAACAGCCUGGCAGAGGAGGCCUGGAGAGGCCCAGAUGAGGGCGACUGUGACGCGGAGGCCCUGGAGUACGACUAUGAGUAUGAUGAGCAUGGAGAGCGGGUGGUUCUGGGUAAAGGGACCUUUGGAGUGGUGUACGCGGGUCGCGACCUGAGCAACCAGGUGCGCCUGGCCAUUAAGGAGAUCCCUGAAAGAGACAGCAGAUACUCCCAACCCCUGCAUGAGGAGAUCGCUCUGCACAAACACCUGAAGCACAAGAACAUCGUGCAGUACCUGGGCUCCAUCAGCGAGAACGGCUUCAUCAAGAUCUUUAUGGAACAGGUGCCUGGAGGUAGCCUCUCGGCUCUGCUGCGGUCCAAGUGGGGUCCACUGAAGAACAACGAGCCCACCAUCGGCUUCUACACCAAGCAGAUCUUGGAGGGGCUCAAGUACCUGCACGAUAACCAGAUAGCGCACAGAGACAUCAAGGGUGACAAUGUUCUCAUAAAUACCUAUAGUGGUGUUCUGAAGAUCUCAGACUUUGGUACUUCCAAACGUCUAGCCGGAAUCAACCCCUGCACCGAGACGUUUACUGGGACUUUGCAAUACAUGGCUCCCGAGAUCAUAGACAAGGGUCCGAGAGGCUACGGCAAGCCGGCGGACAUUUGGUCCCUGGGCUGCACCAUCAUAGAGAUGGCCACGGGCAAACCUCCCUUUUAUGAGCUGGGGGAGCCACAGGCGGCCAUGUUCAAGGUGGGCAUGUUUAAAAUCCACCCUGAGAUCCCCGAGUCCAUGUCCACUGAGGCCAAAGCCUUCAUCCUACGCUGCUUCGAGCCCGAUCCAGACCGAAGGGCCACGGCAAUGGACCUACUGACCGACGAGUUCCUCACUGUCACAAGCCGCAAGAAACGUGGCAAGAGUGGCUUCACAGCGCUGACCCCUGGCACAGAGUAUCUGCGCAGCAUCUCUCUGCCCGUUCCCGUGGUGGUGGAGGACACCAGCAGCAGCAGUGAGUACGGCUCCGUCUCCCCUGACAACGAGAUCACCGCCAACCCCUUCAGCUUCAAGCCCAGCCUCAAGUGUUACAGCGAGCGGGAGGUCAAAGGCACGCGCUCACUCUUCCUCAGCAUCCCUGUGGAGAACUUUGAGGACCACAGUGCCCCUCCGUCCCCAGAGGAGAAGGACUCGGGCUUUUUCAUGCUGAGGAAAGACAGCGAGCGGAGGGCCACGCUGCACCGCAUCCUCACGGAGGACCGGGACAAAGUGGUGGCCAACAUCAUGGACACCCUCACGCAGGGCUCAGAGGAGACCAAGCUGAAGCACCAGCACAUAUCCACGCUGGUGCUGAGUCUGGGCGACUUUGUGCGCAUGGCUGACCGCAAGAUCAUCGCUAACACACUCUCGCAGCUCAAGCUGGAGCUGGACUUCGAGAGCACGGCCAUCAGCCAGCUACAGGUGGUGCUCUUCGGCUUCCAGGACGCGGUAAACAAAGUCCUGCGCAACCAUAACAUCAAGCCUCACUGGAUGUUCGCCCUGGACAACAUCAUCCGCAAAGCCGUGCAGACGGCCAUCACCAUUCUGGUGCCAGAACUCCGACCUCACUUCAGCUUGGCUUCAGAGAGUGAUCCUACUGACCAGGACGACGUGGACGAGGAAGUGGAGCCUGAGGACACGCCGUCCCGCAAGCACCGCCCCGAGCCCAGUGCCAAUCACGACGACACAGUGGCCACGUCGGGCGUGAGCACACUCAGUUCAACAGUGUCACACGAGUCGCACAAUGCACAGCGCUCCGUCAGUAUGGAGCUGGGCCGCAUGAAACUAGAGACCAACAGGCUGCUGGAGGAACUGCUGGAGAAGGAGAGAGAGUAUCAGUCCAUCCUGCAGCAGGUUCUGGAGGAGAGAAACCAGGAGAUUAGACUCCUUCGCUCACGGUCACAACCCAUUGACAUCCCCACGUCGUCAGGAAGGCAGAGGACCCCCUGCACACCGGGCUCAGGAGACUCCGAGCUGGCCGAGUGGCUCAGACUACACGGCGCAGACAUGGAUGCCAUAGAGCUGGUAGGACUUUACACACCAGCACGGCGGACUUGAUUCACUUUAUUCAGUACUAUGGAAGACAUCACACACACAGUGACAUCUGCCUCUUGUGCACAUUGAUGAAGUUAUUAACUCAUUG